ACUUCAAAUGGUGAGCUUCAUCCCCUUCCUAGCCAUCAUAUAGAUACUGGAAUGGGUCUUGAACGCCUCGCAUCGGUUAUGCAGGAUGUUCCCUCCAACUUUGAUAUCGAUGCUUUUGAACCUAUAAUGAGGCGUAUCUCCACGAUCUCCAAAAGGGGAGUCUAUAAAGGCAGAGUGGGCCAUGAGGACGUAGAUGGUCGUGAUGCAUCAUAUCGUAUCCUCGCGGAUCACAUGCGGGCGGCCGUCGUCGCCUUAUGUGAUGGUGUUGAACCGAGUGCAGUGGAUGCGGGAUUUGUAGUUCGUAAAAUGCUACGAAGAUCAUUUUGGCAUGCUUCUGCCAAGUUAGGAGUUGAUCGUUUCGCCUGCGCUGAAUUAGUUCCUGUUGUUGUCGAAACUUUGAAGUCGGCUUAUCCUGAGCUUUCUACGGCUACUGAGCGCAUUGAGAAAUGUAUAGCCGACGAAGAACAUCACUACUGGAGCAUUGUUGAUAGAGGAACGGAGUUAUUCGAACAAAUGAGAUUGAAUAUUCCUAAGGGCACCAAGGUCUUUCCAGGUGACGAUGCAUUUGUUCUUCACGAUACUCACGGCAUUCCUAUUGAGAUCACUGAAGAUAUGAGUAAGGAACAUGGUUUGACAGUUGACACGAAAAAGUUCCUGGAGCUCAAGGAAGAGGCAAAAGCUUUGUCAAGAAGCAAAAGUGGAUUCAAGAAAGCUCCUUCCCUUGAUACAGGUGGUUUGAAAUCUUCUGAGAAGGCCAAGUACAACUAUUUUCUGGAUGAGGACGGAAAUUACGUUUUCCCUCCCGUUGCAACAAAAGUGCUCGCUUUGUUUCAUGGAAGCGAUCGCGUUGACUCCCUGUGUUCUGAUGGCUCUCUUGUUCUAGAAGACUGCCAAUUUUAUGCCGAAGAAGGCGGGCAAAAGUGUGACAAGGGCUUUUUGGAAAUUGAAGGAAAAACGGUUUUCGAAGUUUCCUCAGUGGAGAAGGUAGAUGGAGUGGCUGUUUUGCACGGAAAGGUCAUGGGAAAUAGCAAAAUCACAGGAAAUUCAGUGUUAACUCAGAAGAUCGAUGUGAAUCGUCGUAUGGCUUUGAUGCGAGCGCACACAGCAACACAUCUACUUAACUGGGCACUAAGACGCGUAGGAGCAGGACGAGGACAACGUGGUUCUUCGAUUGAAGAAGACUCGCUACGUUUUGAUUAUGCCACCGAUGAUUGCGCCGGAGAGGAUGAUGUUGUAGAGAAUGUUGAAGAAUUCGUGCAAUCUGUCAUAUCUCAAGGAAAACCCGUUAUUGUAGAGGAAAUGCCUAUGGAUAAAGCUUCAGAGCUAUCGCAGCUGCAAUCAGAGUUCAAGGAGGUAAUAGAGAGUUCAUUUUUGUUAUUUGUAACCCUCUGCGUUCUUGUAUUUUUGGAGAUCUAA